AUGACCUUUUUGAAAUUCAUAGUUAGUUGUUCUGGGUUUAGCAUCGCUGUCAAGAGUCAAGAAAGAACAGUGGCGUCUUCAAUUGAACCCAAGGAUUCACAAGUUUUUGACAGCAAAAGCGAUCAAUCAAGUGUUGUCAACUUCAAUCCAAUUGGCAGAGACAAUUACAAACGAGUGCUACUACUACGAAUUGAUAACUCAUCUCAGAGCAAAAUUCCUCACGCAAGGUCGAGAACGGUAGAGGGCUCCGUACGCCCCUAUUGGAGGCAUGAGUGUCGCUCUACAAGUUGGCUCGGCUGCCAGCGGUUGUUUAUUACAAUUGAAGUCGAUUCGAUCAUCGUGCCCGUGCUUUUGAAUGAUUACGAUGCAGCUAGUGGGGGUUUGAUUUGA